GAACGGCAUUUCUCUGUGUGGAAAAGCGCGGAAUGCUUAUAAUUUUCUUUGUAUAAUAAACAGUGUAAAUUGUGGAUAUUUUUCAAUAAAAAGUUCAUGAGAACCUUAUCAAAAAUGUUCACAGAUAAUCCAAAAUGAAUGUUUAACUAUAGAAUGUUUUACAAAUGCAUUGUGUAUUCUGGAACCGAAUGGUUUGGCUGUGAUUGUUAAAAAAUUUAAAAUAAUAAUGGAGUGUAUAGUAGCAAACGUAGAUAAUAUGCGAUUUGAUAUUGAAAUUGCUCUUGAUGAACAAUAUGGAGCUCUUCCUUUACCUUUUACAGGAAUGGACAAAUCCACUGCUGCGGUAUGCCAAUUUUAUCCAAGAGGAACUUGUGUCAAAGGAGCCUCUUGCCCAUUUAGACACGUACGAGGAGAUCGUACAAUUGUUUGCAAACAUUGGUUGAGAGGUCUUUGUAAAAAGGGGGAUCAGUGUGAAUUUUUACAUGAAUAUGAUAUGACAAAAAUGCCAGAAUGUUACUUUUAUUCUAGAUUUAAUGCUUGUCACAAUAAGGAAUGUCCAUUCUUACACAUCGAUCCAGAAACAAAAGUCAGAGAUUGUCCGUGGUAUGAUAGAGGAUUCUGUAGGCAUGGACCAUUAUGUAGACAUCGGCAUGUACGUCGUGUCUUAUGUAUGGCCUACUUGGCUGGAUUUUGUCCUGAAGGUCCAAACUGUAAAUUCAUGCACCCAAGAUUUGAAUUACCAGCAGUGCAAGACAUGCAGCCUAAAGAGGGCAAAAAAGUAAUGAUUACGUGUCAUUUUUGUGGAGAAGGUGGCCACAAAGCCAUUUAUUGCAAUAAAAUGCCACCUGAUGUACGUGAAGCUCAAGUUAGACAAGAAAUAGAAGGUAAUUCUCAUGCUACACAUCAUAUGAAUAUGCACAAUGGACCUCCUCCACGGGGGCCUCAAAAACCACUAGAAGAAGUUACUUGCUACAAAUGUGGUACUAAAGGUCAUUACGCUAACAAAUGUCCCAAGGGUCAUUUAGCAUUUUUAAGUCAUGCUGGAGGUAGUGGGAGUGGAACUCAAAAUCAGAAUUAUCGCAGAUGAUUUUACUUGUUUUAUUUAUGUAAGAUCGAUAUCGUAAUUUUAUUUGAAUUCAGGAAAAUCAUUCGCCUGUAAAAAUU